UUUGUUGUUAAUGUGUUAUUAAAUGAUCCGAAGAUGACUAUCCUUGCGAAAAAGAAAGUGAACCAAGGAAAACCUGAAGAAUCUUCGGAUUCUUCAGCUCAUCAUGGAGGAUCUCAUUCCCGUACAUUGGCUAUGGGAUCAAUGCCAAAUCAUUCUCAAGGCACAGAGACUAAGGGUCAUUCAUCACCUUGCUGGUCGAGCGGAGAGAAGAGAGCAUCUCAUUGUUCAUCAUCACAUUUUGAUGAUUAUGAACCUCACGAGAGUGGACCUAGUCAGAGCAAGCGUCGUCAUCGCGCGAGUCCUCACAGGACAACUCGCAGCAAACUGCGGGAAAGAAAUGCUGCAUCACCGACAUUUCCCGGCAGUAGCCCUGUUGCUGGUUCAUCUCCAACAGCAGGGCCAUCCGGAUUGGUGGAUGAGCUAGUGAAUGCAAGUGGUUACAACAGUGGUGAUGAAUAUGGGCCGUGCGAAUCAGCAGAUAUCUCAGAAGCGGAAUGGGUGGAGAGAGACAGAUGGUUUGAGAAAAGCAUACGAAGGAAAGGUUUCAUCAUAAAGCAGAUGGAGCAAGAUGGAGCCUGUCUGUUCCGUGCUGUAGCCGACCAGGUGUACGGUGACCAGGAGAUGCAUGCCACUGUGAGAAGUCAUUGUAUGGAUUAUAUUGCAGCUAACGGAGACUACUUCUCUCAGUAUGUCACGGAGGACUUUGACACCUACGUCGAUAGGAAAAGGCACGAAUAUGUUCAUGGCAAUCACAUUGAAAUGCAAGCUAUGAGUGAAAUGUACAAUCGUACAGUUGAGGUGUUCUGCUAUGGAACAGACCCUAUAAACAUUUUUCUGGGCAAGCACAAAAAUGAUAAUGAACCAAUCAGGUUGUCAUAUCAACGUGGGAGUCACUAUAACAGCAUCGUUGAUCCCUACAAAGCUACUGUUGGAGUUGGCCUGGGUCUGCCUAGCUAUACCCCAGGACUUGCUGAAAAGAACCUCAUGAAGGAGGCAGUGAAUCAGAGCGAACAUUUUCAAGUGGAGCAGGCGAUGUUGGAAGACAAGUUGCGUGCAACAGACUGGGAGGCUACAAACGAAGCAAUUGAGGAGCAGGUUGCCAGGGAGAGUUACCUGCAGUGGCUGAGGGACAAUGAGCAGAGAAACAAGAAUAUGCAACGGUCAACCACAGCAACUUCCAGUACAGCGACGGUCACCUCGGACAGCAAUCGCUCAUCACCUCGUACGAGGGUCGGAGGAGUAAAUUCUCCCUCGCAUCCGGAGUCUCAUCGCAACUCCCCCAAAGUUGUGGACACUAAGCGCUUUUCAGAUGAUGCAACUGCGUGUUCUUCAUCAGCUGGAUGCAGCUGGGACGAGAUGCCGAACUCAAGGCAGGGAUUUGACAUCCUUGAAACAGCUUCUUUUCUCAAUCAUUUCUCCCCAGAAUUAUUUGGUCUAAAAGAAUGGGAGGAUGGCAUCUUGGCACAGGUGAUAGCCAGAUCACAGCAGGAGUACAUUGAUAGAUUGAAGAAGAAUCGUGACAAUAAUGAGAACAGUGAUUCUGUAAGUUCAAACGGUUCUUCUAAUGGUGAUAUUGAGGGGCCUUCAACCUCAAGGUAACAUCCAUCUGUUGUCCUGUUAACUAGAAUUGCAGACAUUUCUUGUUAUUAUAUUAUUUUUAAUAUUCCAAAUAUAUUUGUUACUAUGAAAAAUAUUUAUCAGUUGAAACUGCUUGAUGAUUCAAAAUAAAUACUUUUUAUUUCGUAGAAACAAAAGAUCUAUUCCCUCGUCAGUGUGGAAUUGUGAGUCUAGGUGAGGAAUCACAUGCUUUGUUAUUAGUGAAUUCAAGAAUGCUGAGAGGAGAAUCAAGAGGAAGAAACAUUCUGUCAAGCAAAACGCAAUUUUUUAAAUUAACGGAAGCAGACAAAUGUUUUAUGAUAAAUUUUUAACAGCAAAGUGAGGAAGAAAACAGUGGUAACUUGUCAGAGGACUGACACGUAGGGACAUUGUCAGAAAGCAUCAAAUGUUUAAUGAGAGACACUGACGUAAAUUAAAUAAAUGCGAGAUUUUCUCCCCCUUUUGUCACUUUAUGUGGGAUCUUACUUCGGCAAGAGGAGUUUAAGAAGGCCGCUGCAGUAACCAGAAGAGGCUAUAUGACUUUGGAAAUUUUGGAUUUCCCAUUUCACUAAUUCAGUUAACAGAAAUAAAAUAGUGAAACUUAUUAUGAACUAUAUGCUUUUUCUUCUGUAAGGUGCCAUGUCAUAGUGAGAGUUUGCCACACAUGUAUUCAUUGUAUGUCUUAUUUUAAUGGUGUAAUAAUAUGAAAUCAUAUUAUGAAUAAAAUUCGUGGGGCGAAAAGUAGCACUUUUGCUGUGAAUGUGGGUUUACUGUGUCAGACCUUUAGCGAAAUAAUUUUACUCUCUGAUUCAACAUACGAGAUGACAUUUGUUCUGCUGGUUCAUUUACUUGUGGUUAAAAUUUUUGUUGUUUAUUUUUACAGCAGAAUAAAACAUUUGUAUAUCAUGUACCAAAAGUAUAUAAAUAUACACCCAUAGAGAAAGACAUAUAGAAUGAACUCUUAAAAAUUAAAAGAUUUUGUUUUGUAAUACCAGUAAUAUGCCUGGUGGAUACAAUAAUGAGAACAAUAAAAAUGCUGCAGAAAGUUCAGUUAUGGCAGUUUACAGAGAGCAAAGGACAUACUGAUGAGCCGUUAUGCAGGGCACGUACUUUAUCUAUGAACAGUACAGCCAGCAGACAUUGCAUAUAAUAGUGCAGUCUUCUCUGAGAAAUUGCCACCUCCUGUACCUCUACAGUUGAACUUUUUGUAUUUCCAUGGUUAUUAUUUAGUAAAAAUGUUAGCGACAAGAACAGGAUGGAAUUGCAUGCAACUCGGCACAUCAUUGCACCUACAUAUAUCAGUUUUGUACCACAGUAAUAUCUUUGACCACACUAUCGUCAGACAAAUUUGAAAUUAAAAUAUUGUAAUGAAAUAUUGAAACUAAGGCACAUAUUUACAUCAUAACUCUUCUUAAAGUAUGAAGCUUACCUGCAGAACAAAUUAUUUAAUGACAUUUUAUGCCUUCACAAGUCACACGUGCAGAAUUUACAGUCACGUCACAAAAUAGUUAAGUGAAUUACUGAAUAAUUUCAAACCAGUGAAGACAUGCACUUAUAUUUAUGAAAUUAACAAGUUAUGUAUGAUACAUUACUACUUCUAUCAGGCACAUAGGCCUAUAUGAAUCUUCUCAUCUUGUUAAUGACAAUUCCAUAAAUGUUAUAAAUGUAGAUGGAACCAUUGGUAUUAUGCAACAUUAAAAUUCAGUUUUAAUCAAAAAUGUAAUAGCAUGGCAUUAACUUCAUUAGAUACAUCAUGCUGCUGUGUAAAUAUAUACUUCUAAUUGUGGAUAUAAACCUCGUAUCUUCCUGACUUGCUCUGAACUCUGCAGAAUUUGAGCACUACAGUUAAUUUAGCAAGUUUUUAAGUAUAUACAGAGCGUUAUAAGAGGAUUAAAAGCUUUAGAGGGGUCUACUACCCACUUCAACGAGCAAAAUACAACAUUUAUCGUAUAUCCGAAAACCAACGCCAAUUGAGAUGCAGGCGAUUUUCGUGUGAUUUCUACAGCAGAUGCAUUUGACUUUCAGCUCUUCGUUGCACAGAAAUGUGCACUCGGAUCGCCUGGCUGGCAUUCUCUACUUGCUACUGUUAUACCUCUAAGUCAUUGAUCAGCAAAUAUACCAAAGCCAAAAAUCCAGAGGAUUAAGGUCAGGGAUCGUGCGGGCCAUUUCACUGGGCCUCCACAUCCUCACUGGAUUAUUGUUCUGGUGCUGAGGAAAUGAGGUGGUACCCCAUCAUGCAUGAACCAAAUGUGUGGUUGAUGAAGGAGUAGGCACUUGUUCCAAGAGUACUGGUAAAUAAUUCACCAAAAAACAAUGGUACACUGCACCUGACAGUCUGUUAGCUAAGACAUCCACCUUAGCAUGAUGGUCAGGAGUAAGGGAUUGCACUCGCUGGAUAUGGUACCGGUAAAAUGAUUGUUCGUGGAGAAUUCUCCAGAAAAGGGGAACACCGAUACCCUCAGCAGUUGCAAUUCUUCGAACACUGGUUAUGGGAUCUUCAUCCACUCUUCUCAAUACGUGAACUUCCAUUCUGUGAGUUCGAACUGAUCAAGCCCUUAUGCGAUCCGAUGCCCACGAAGUCUGGCGUAUAAUUUGUGGGAUGGGAUUCUGUAUAGAGGCGACAUGCUUCCCGAGAAUUUCCAUUGGCACGUCCAUACAGGACAUGCAUGUCUGCCAUUUCCUGAGCAGAGUAAUAAGAUCAUUAACUAUAAAGAAUUUUUGGGCCUUGUGACCUUUUCCGUCCUCAGUUGUCCCUUUGUUUCUUCUUCCUAUUCAGUGUUUAAAAAUUAGAUGUGGCAAUCUUUCCCUGUCUGUUCUUUGUACAUGUUGGAUCCAAUUUCUUCUGUAUCUGUGAAUAUUUCUAAUAUUGGUUCUGUUUGCAGUUCUUUGUAGAUGAUGUCAUUCCGUUUAUGAUCUCUCCAUGUGUAUUUGGCUGUGUUUAUUAAAAACUUCAUCUCUGAUCUUGA